AUGGUGUUUGGCAAUGCAGAAUGCUCAAAUUUCAGAGCCUUACCGGAUCAUUGCCUCCUGAAUUGGUCAAACUCCCUUAACUCCAAAUCAUGUAAUGAUCUGACCCGGACGUACCUUAACGGUACCAUUCCUAGAGAAUGGGGUUCAAUGCAACUCACAACCAUUUCCCUAAUGGGAAACCGGAUAUCAGGGCCAAUACCAGCAGAAUUGGGAAAUAUCAGCACGCUAAUUGAGCUGGUUUUGGACCAAAAUCAACUGAAUGGAACUAUUCCUCCAGACCUUGGGAAUCUCUCAAACAUACAAAAAUUAUUGAUCUUAACUCAAAUGACUGGGGAGCUGCCGCCACAACUCGCUAAAUUGACUAAUUUGAAAGACUUUUUGCAAUUCGACCAUUUUGCGGGGACCAUACCGAAUUUCAUUGAGAACUGGACACAACUUAACAGACUAAAUAUUCUAGGUACAAGCCUAAAUGGGCCGAUACCUUCUGGUAUUGCUUCGUUGUCAAAUUUGACUGAUCUGAGAAUCGGUGAUUUGAAAGGAAAUGGUUCCAGUUUUCCACCUCUCAGUGGGGCAAAGAUUUUGAGGACAUUUAUAUUAAGGAAUUGCAACAUUUCUGGGCCAUUGCCAGACUAUCUUGGCACAUUACCAACACUGAAGCUCUUGGAUCUCAGUUUCAACAAUCUAACUGGUCCUAUUCCAGAAAGUUUCAAGAGCUUGUCAGGCACUGACAUUUUCCUGACUAGAAAAGAAUAUCUAACUUUUGAAUGGCCUUUUCUUAGGCAUGCAUUCACGAUUAUUGAUCUGUCAUACAACAAUUUCACUGGAGAUGCAGUGAACUCAAACUGUGAACCGAGGCAAACGAACUUGUUCGCAAGCUCUUCAAGGGGCAACACAUCAGGCAUCGUUUCAUGCUUAAGAGAUACUAUUCGCUGUCCAAAAAAUACAAUGCCAGGUGACUCCUCAAAGUUCUUUCCAAGUGCGAGUAGCUGGGCCUUUAGCAGCACAGGCAACUUUUUGGAUAAUAAUCUACCUAUUGAUACAUAUAUCGGGAACACCUCUGGUAUUACUGGGAACAAUCCAGAAUUGUACCUUGAUGCUCGACUGUCCCCUCUUUCAUUGACAUAUUAUGGUUUUUGUUUGGGAAAUGGGAAUUACACAGUUAACCUUCAUUUUGCGGAAAUAAAAUUCACUGACGACAGAACAUAUGCUAGUCUCGGGAGGCGCUUCUUUGAUAUAUACAUUCAGGGGAAAUUAGUGAAGAAAGAUUUCAACAUUGAGGAUGAAGCAGGUGAAUUCUUCUGGGCUGGAAAAGGGACAACCUCUAUUCCUGUAAAAGGAGUCUAUGGCCCUCUAAUUUCAGCAAUUUCUGUGGAAUCUGAUUUUUCACCACCAACGGAGCACAGAAAUAAAUUGUCAGCAGGUUCUGUUGUAGGGAUUGUUAUUGCAGUUCUGUUUAUUAUUUCUAUGGUUCUUGUUGUUCUUCGGUGGAAAGGCUGCUGGCAAAAUAAAUAUUCAUUGGAAAAUGGACAUAAUUUAUCAGCUCAAUAUCCCUUUUGUGGUAAAGAAGAUCAAAAAAAAAAAAACAUUGUGAAGUUUGCUAAUCUGCUGAAGCACAAAGGGAAUCUUAUGGAACUAAUAGAUCCAAGACUAGGAACAGACUACGACGAAGAGGAGAUUAUGCUGACAUUGCAUAUAGCCCUUUGCACGAAUGUCACAGCAUCUGAUAGACCUAGUAUGUCUUCUGUGGUUAGCAUGUUGGAAGGACGCGGGAUUGGCAAAAGGUCGGCUUUGGAACUAGGAUGCGGAAUUGGCAAAAGGUCAACUUCAGAACUGAGUAUGUCGAGCAAAUAUAAUGAGUUUAAGGCCCUAGAAUUCUCAAACGAGCCACAGUCUGCAAACUCAAAUGAGAGCCAGAUACAAGAAGCAUCUCCACAUUUGCCAUUUACUGCUUCUACAUCUGCUAAAGAUCUAUACCCAAUUAUCCUGGAUUCUGACUACUUAUUGACAAGAUCAUAG